CAAGCAGAUAAACAGGAAAUGUGGAAUAUAUAACUUGCCAACGUGGUUGCUCUCCUUUCACUCGCCUAUCCUCUCUCUUCAUCCAAGGCACACACUCUCAUUCCACCGAUCUUGAGCGCCAGUCACUCCUUUUUACACCCUCGACGGUUUACUCUAUCGACGCCUUGGCAGGUUCCAUCCCCGGCUCUCUCGUUCUUUGCAAAACCCAACAUUCCAGGUGAUUUCUGCCCUCCUUCAUCAAUCUUCAACCCAUCAAAAUGCGUUUCUCCGCUGUUGCUGUUGCCGCUCUUGCAACUCAGGCUGCCGCCUGGAGACCCGGCCGUCCCUCCGGAUCCUGGGGUUGGGGUAGCUACCCGGGCAACGGGGGCGCCGUAACCACCAUCAUCGUUCCCGCUCCCACUCCCACCGGCAACCCCUCCGCCCCGGCCGUCACACCGGCUCCCGUCGAGGAGGCUCCCGCUCCCCCUUCCGCCCCUGCCCCCACGACCACCGCCUCCAGCGGCUCCCCCGGCUCCUCCGGCCUGACCGCCGACCAGAAGGCCGCCCUCGACGCCCACAACGCCGCCCGCAGCGAUGUCGGCGUCUCCCCUCUCGAGUGGGAUGACUCCCUCGCCGCCGACGCCCUGGAGUGGGCCAACCACCUGCUCUCCGUCGGCUCCCUGACGCACUCUCAGACCGCCAACCAGGGCGAGAACCUGUACAUGCAGUCGAACAAGGACAGCCCGAACGUCAACGCCGCCGACGCCUGGAUCAAGGAGAAGGACGAUUACAACGGCGAGACCAUCAGCGAGACCAACUACAUGGGCUUCGGCCACUACACCCAGAUCGUCUGGAAGAGCACCACCAAGGUCGGCCUGGCUGUCGCCUCCAACUCCCAGGGCACCUAUGUCGUCGCGCGCUACUCGCCCCCUGGCAACUUCAUCGGCCAGAAGCCUUAUUAGACAUCGCCACGUCAGCACGGUGUUUGUAGAUGAAGAAGAUCAUUCAGUCACAACAUGGCAUAGGUCCUGUUCUGGCUGGUAGCUUGGCUGGGCCGAACACACAAACUUCUUUUUUUUUUUUUUUCCUCUUCUUUUUUCACAUUCUUGCACAGCAUUUUACACCCAGAUGAGAUUCCCCAUUUCCGCAACUCGACUUCAGAAGGCUUGGAUCAGCAGGUUGGGAAUGGGAAAGGGGGUAGGUCACGGGUCUUCUUCCUCUGCCGCGACUUUGAGCGGAUUUCCAUGAUGACCACAUAACGAGACAUAGCGAACUAGCUCAUGAUACCAUAUUUUCUGUUUCCGGUGAUGUUUUCUAUAAAAAAAAAAGCAAGG